GAACUCUCCGCCACACUUCCUGCACGCUUUGUCUCCGGCUUUGUCUCGCGAUUUUAUUUCACUCCUCACUUUGUGUCGCGUUGCCUGGCACACGGCAGCCGUGGCAUCUUGACUCAUCGCGAUCUGCCCAUGAUCUCUCUCACUCCGACGUACAUUCCCCCGACUGUAGUAGUGCCUGGAAUUCUAUUUACUCUCCGAGUUCCAGUUAAAACAAUAGCCCUGUAUGAAAUCCGGGCGUAGCCUGCAAAGCCGGGGGUGGGUGGGGGGGAGAAGUGGCUUAAGUCGGUGGUGGUUGUUGCCUUAUUCCGUGGCGUCGCAUGGCCGUGACGCCUCCUCCUCCUCCUCCUUCGCCGUAUCUGGUGGACACCUCGGAGUGGGGCCGCAAGCAAGAUGAUGCUCACCAUCUUCCUGAGCCGCGACGAGUGCCGGCUCACUACGGUGCCCGUCGCCACGGAGACAACGUGCCGAGAUGUGCUGGAGCGUUGCCGCGGCACCAGUCGCCACGGUUACACCCUCACCGAGCUCUGGCGCGGAUACGAGCGCGUGGUGGCGGACGGGGAGAAGAUGUACGCGCUGCUGCAGCACUGGGGGAAGGAGGUGGCGGAUGUCAAAUUCUACCUGCGCUACGACGGGGACGACCCUCCUAGCUCGCCCACCUGGGACACAGAUCAAGAGAGCCGCCUCAACGGCGUGAACGUGCCCAGCACGACGGACAGGAUGGAAAAUGGGGUGGGCGGCUCGGGUGUUGAGCUCUCGCUGUCGGAGCUGCAGGAGGUCGCCGAGAGACAGCAGCAGCAGAUCGAGGCUCGUCAGCAGCUGCUGGCCAGCAAGGAGCGGCGGCUGCAGCAGCUGAAGCAGAAGGAGCGGCGGCGGCGGCGCCGCGAGGAGGCGGAAGCCGGCGCCGAGCGUCUGCGUGCGCUGCGGGAGACGCUCGCCGCCCAGGAGGAGCGCGCCGGGCGCCUCCGCUCCACGCGCACCGAGCUCCACGCCAAGCGGCGCGCCAACGAGGACCUCGCGCUGGAGAUCGAGAGAGCGACCGCCAGCUUCCAGGAGAAGCGGAGGGAGCUGGAAGUUGCCAUGGCGACCGUCACGGAGCUCAGUCGCCAGUUGGAGGGUCUCCGUGGCGACGGCACCGGGGACGGUUUCCGUGACGACCGCCCCCCCUCCUCCUCCUCCUCCGCUGCCUCCCCCGUGGAACAAGAGCUGCAGCGCUUGUACCUCGACCUGCAGAGCAAGACGACGAUGAACCAGGAGCAGAGCGCGCGUCUGCAGGAGCAGACGGAGCUGCUGGGCCGGCGCACGAAGGAGCUCGCCGCGCUGGAGCGCCAGCUGCAGGACAUGCGCGGGCGCCUGCGCAGCAAGAAGGAGGAGGCACUGCGCGAGGGGCCGCCCCCCCACGGAGUCAACGGCUCGUCAACGGAAGCACGGGGGGCGGUGGCGGCGCCGCCAUUGACGCACCCCGGGGCACGGCCAACUAACUCGCUCCCCACCCUGCCGUCAUCGUCAUCAUCGCACAGAGGCAGAGCAGACGAAGCGCUUCUAGGCUCCAGGAAAGACGCGGGAGACAAGAUACCACCCGUCGUCCUGUCAAAACUGAAGCUCGCCCCAUCCCCAAGCGAUCCUGACCGAUCCUUGUCAACUCCCUACACGCACCCCAAAAUCCCGGAGCUCAAGCCCAGCACCUUUCCACCUCCUCAUCCUUCGAUAGCGCCACCCACCCUCCCGGUGCCUGCUGCCCCACCACUGCCUCCCCUGGCCACGUCCAAAUUGGCACCGCCUUCCAAAAUCUUCACCGCCUCAUCGCAGCCUUCUCAGGUGGCACCGUCUGUCCUGCCACACCCUUCUAAGAUUCCCAUCGCCCCGUCGCAGCCGUCCCAGGCCACAUCGGUCUUGCCACAACCGUCGAAGAUUCCCACAGCCCCAUCGCAGCCAUCCCAGGUCAUUUCUGUUCUGCCACAGCCAUCCAAAAUCCCCAUCGCUCCACUGCCGGCCACCGAAUUCGCGUCCUCUCUGCCGCAGCCAUCGCAGCCCCAGGGCAACGUGGUGUCUCGCAACGGCCUGCCCACCUUGAUUUACGUCACAGGCUCUACCAGGCCCGCACGGGAUGCCGAGCAGGAGCCGCUGAAGAAGCCGGGCACGAACGGUGCGGCGGUGCUGGCGAACGCCGGAGCGUCGGCGCCGCCUUCGAAAAUUCCGCUGGCCGUGAAGGUGACCCCCGUGCCGAGCGACGUGGCAAGCUCGCCCCUGUCUCCUGUCGCCACUACGACCGGCGCCAUCACCGCUCCGGAGACCAGCGCUUCCCUGUCCAUCGCAAAAGCGUCCGACGAACCGUCGUCGACGGCGCCCCGGCCUAACCCCUCCGCCGACGGGCACACGCUGGGGAAGUAUCCGUCGGUCCCCACGGGAUUGAGAUUCGCGGGGACCAGCGGUGGCGGAGGAGGCGGGGUCGGCACGCUGGCGCCACGGCCGCCGACGCUGAAGACGCCGUUGGUGCCGAGCCCCGGCACGGUGUUCUCGGUGUACGCGCGGCCCUCGCCGGGGAGCCCCAACUUCCGGCAGGUCGUGCACCAGAGGGCGGUGCAGGCGGAGACGACGCAGCGAGGCCACGGAGUCCGGCCCGUGCCAUUCCCUGCCGUUCACGUGAAGCCGUUGGUGCCUCCCACUAAGACCGAGGAGGCCCCGAAGCUCAGCCUGGAACAUCCGGAUGGCCUCGCUCUGAGUCGUGGGGGGGCCCAGCCGGACAGACCCCAUCCAGCAGCCACCCCCGUCGAGAAAGCGGCAUCGACGUCCGGCCCGGAAACAACUCGCAGAGCUGUCGUUAAUGAAGAGAACGGGGAAACAAGCUGCGAGGUCCUGCAGCCAGCCCCUAACAAACCAGGGGUGGUGGAGAACACAGGCAGGAAGCCGCAGCAGCAGCAGCAGCAACAGGGCAAGGAGGAGGAAAAGAGGAAAGCGGAGGUGAAAGGGACGCCACUGGCAGGCAGCAGCAGCAGCGGCAGCGGCGACGGUGGGAGGGGUGGCGAAUUUACGCGGCCUCGCCCCCUGAGCCCCACCAAGCUGCUGCCCUUCCUGAGCCUGUCGCAGCAGCAGGGCGGCACCAGCGACGCCGACCUGGAGGCGCUGAGGCGGCGCCUGGCCAACGCACCGCGGCCGCUCAAGAAGCGCAGCUCGCUCACCGAGGCCGAGGGCCCCAAUGGGCCCAACCUGCAGCGCCUCAUCCUGCAGCGCUACCAGGCGAGGCAGGAGGCCCUGCAGAAGGGCCUCGCCAUCAAGGCCCAGCUCAGGGACGGGGGCGGCCGUCGAGAGGUUGACGGAGAUGGUGGCACAGAGGAGACGGCGGUGGCGGCACUAUCGAAUGCGGGAUCGGGUCCGAAGAAAGCAGUGGUGCUGGUGGUUGUGGCACCGGCGCAGGAGGACGAUGACGACGACGAUGAGAGGGCAUCGGUGGAGGCUGCCGCGGUGUCGCCGCCCCAGGAGUUGCUAUCGGCCGAGAGCUUCGAUUCGACCGUGAGCGAGAGCCCCCCACCGUCGCCCUUGACGAUGGAGGAGGGAGAUCUGAACGCGGAGGAGGACGAAGAGGAGUUCAUCCCAAACCCGUACCUGACGGCAGGCAAGGCGGACCCGGGCUCCGCGGUCGUCACGGCGACCGUUCCGGUGCUCACGGGAGACGAGGGUCCGGCGGAGGAGAUUCCUGACAUGCCGCAGUCGCCGCCGCCACCGUACCCGUCCUCGCCGGAGCUCGACAUCGUCCCCGAGAUCAUCUCGUCCUGCGGGCCGCUCCCUCCGGGCAAGCGGACGAACGUGAAGAAGCCCGGCUCGGAGCGCACGGACCACGCGAUGCGCGUGAAGUUCGAUCCGUUCGCCAUCCUCCUGGACUCCGCCCUCGAGGGGGACUACGACCUCGUGAACAAAAUCUUCCCCGAGGUCGACGACCCGAGCCAGCCAAACGACGAGGGCAUCACGGCACUGCACAACGCCGUGUGCGCCGGGCACAUGAACAUCGUCAACUACCUGCUGCAGGCCGGCGUCAAUGUGAACGCCGGGGACAGCGACGGCUGGACACCGCUGCACUGCGCUGCCUCCUGCAACAACGUGCUGCUGUGCAAGACGCUGGUGGAGAGCGGAGCGGCCAUCUUCAGCACCACCCUGAGCGACCGGCAGACCGCGGCGGACAAAUGCGAGCUCAUGGAGGACGGGUUCCAGCAGUGCUCGCAGUUCAUGCACGGCCUACAGAACAACCUGGGCCUGAUGCACCGCUGCGUGGUGUACGCGCUGUGGGAGCGGCGCGCCGAGGAUGAGGACGAGCUGUCGUUCGCCGAAGACGACGCGAUGACGGUGCUGCGGCGCGGCGACGAGCUGGAAGACGAGUGGUGGUGGGCGCGGCUGGGCGAACGCGAGGGGUACAUCCCGCGCAACUUCGUCGGGCUCUUUCCUCGGAUCAAAGCCAAGCAGAGAGCGGAGGUGCCUUGAGCCAACCGCGGCGACCAAAUCUCAACGCUUGCAACUUCUCGACAGACUUGAGACGAACAUGGGCCCGCGACCCAGCGUCGACUCGGGAGAGACCGCCACUUCAGCGGUCCCAGCCGGAGGGAGGCGCUGGCCUCCUCUCUUCAUAAUUCAUAUUUCGGGCAAUGGGGCUCAGAUGAACCGGCGCGAGUUUUUCGCCCGCACGGUGACGUUUGUGCGCGAGCUCGGUCGCACAGACCCACGACGCCUCGAGUGCCCGCAAGCCUGUGGGGCCAGGCCCCGACUCUUCAAAAUGGAAUGGUUAGAGAACGCUUCACAACAUAACAAUACUUUGCCUGCUCACUCCCGCACGCUCCGAUGAGCACAGUUGGCUACGUACAGUGUGAAAGAAGUUCAACACACACACACACAUGAAGAUUCUUGGCGAGGCGUGGUGGCAUUAAUGGCUUUGGUAACAUGGUAACAUCAUAGAAAAUAUUUUAAGCAGCGUACACCCCACUCCCCCACCAUCCCCCCAUCAUCCUCCCCUACUUCCCCCACCCCCAACGCAGGCUUCCAUACCUCACCAAUAACUAACAAAUUUUGUAUUUUACCAGGUUAAGCUCUUUUUCCAGAAGCGACCUGGCCACAAAUGAUAGCUCAACGAAGUGGCUUAUCACGUGGAAAUGUAUAGCAGCCAAAUGCUCGAAACGCACGUCGAUUCUAAAUGUGCAGGGAAAAACUGGAGGACCUUGACAAAAAUCCACACGACCACGGGGAGAGAGACACACAAACUCCAAAUAUAUAGCAGGCAUCAUGGUCGGGGUCCAACCCACGACCUCCUGUGCACCGGGCGAGGUGGUUAACACCUCCGCCACCGCGGCGCCCCUAUUUUAUUUACUCGCUGGUCACCACUGCCCAUAAGGGAGACGAAAUUCAGGCAUUGCCAGCGAGACUUUUGCAGGCCAUUGUCCGGUUGUGUCUGAUCGCAUAGCGCAUGGGCCAGAGCAGGAAUUUGUAACACCUAAGGUAGCACAGAUACAGUGUCUAUGGGACCUUUUUUUUCCAGUAUCAAAAUGGUGAAAUAUCAAAAGAAUAGGCUUUACCCUUGUCUGGCGAUGACAUAGAAGGUGUUCACAUGUUCAAACACCAAAGAGAACAGCUAUUGCAAGGCAUCAAGUCUGCAUGAACCACGUGCAAACAAACAUGCUCUGAUAAUAUGUGCAUUGGCUUUGAAACUGAUUAGCCUACACCAGAGACAGCUUUCUUAAUGGCCUUGUCUCACCAGUGUUAGCUAUCGUAGUAAUGAUUCAUUUGCAUGGCUAAUACGAGUGAAUUAUGUGUUAAUACACUCAUUUGAAAUGAUUAUCACAUCAUUUACUGUUAUUGGCAAAGUAAAUAAAUUAGAACCACUCAAGUUAUGCCAGCUCAGGUGGUACUGACAAGUGAAAUAUCUAGCCUUGGCUCCCGGACUAUACUCUCUCUCUCAAGCAUACAAUGGUCAUAGGAGUGCCACUGAAGCAUUAGCUGUGAACUCUCUCCACGUUUGGCUGUCCACUAAAGUUAUGCCAGCUCAGGUGGUACCAACAAGUAAAACAGCUGGUCUUGGCUCACGGACUAUCAUCUCUCUCUCUUAAUGCUAAUGGUCAUGAAAGUGCCACUGAUGCAUCAGCUGUCAACUCUCUCCACGUUGGCUUGCCUUUCCCUGUCUUUGGUGCUGUACCAUCUUAUCCCUCCAUGUUUUCCGAAAGGAUUUCUCUUUCCUCUUAAUCUACACUGCCUAUGGCCAAAUCGCCCUAAAUGUGCCAGAUUAUGUCAAAGCCGGGAUGCUAGGCCGGGUGGCACCUGGUUCGCACUUGGAUUGCGACUCCCAGAGCUUGCCAGGUGUUGUAAUCGUGGGACUGAGGAAGCCAGGUUAUGGCAGUGUUGAGUGUCAUCCUGUAAUGGGUCACGGGGUUUCUCCAGUUUCCUCUCACAUGAAGCCAAACUUUCAUAUAUGCCCAAGCAUCUCAAUGUAGUAGCAGGACCCUUUAAAAAAAAAGUCUAGCCUCUCGGUGAGGCUUUCCUAGGUCAUUAAAGCAUUGGCAUUUAGGUGACCAACUAAUUGAAAACUGCAUUUGAGGUGCUUCAUGAAACUGGCCAAGGCCCCCUGACUACUGGAUCCACGUUAAGGCCAGAUUUCUGCGUUGGACAAUCUUGGUUCAUUCUGGUGCUAAUCGUGAACCGGACGUCUGCACUUGCACAAUAGUUUUAUUUUAUUAUUGUUGCCGGCCAAAUUGUUGCUUUUCAAGAAUGUGUGCAGAUAGUCUAAUUGCCGAAAAUGUGUACGUGAAAAGCUGGACGCGAUUCUGGACUCUGAAGGAGAAAUCUAUAGGUGUCAUGCGACUAACGUCACUCUGAGUGAUGGAGCGGGUGGUGAAGUGCGGCCCUCAAACUCAAUAGAUCGGAGUUUGCUUUAAGGGGUUUCGGUGGAACCCUUCCAGUCAAACAGGAAAGGUUGGCCCUGCCCUGCGAGAGAUCCAAAUCGGUAUUUCAUCACGUGACACGAUGCCGAUAGAAGAAUCGGGAUGAAAUGUGAAUGUCACAGUGAUGAAUUGCGUCGAGCUAAGGCUACCAGACAUUGGCCAGAACAGGCCCGAUUUCUCAAAGGCCAUUCUAGUUUGCCACAGCUUUUGUGAGAAGUGUGAGGUUAUCCCCGUUUUCAAUGUUCUGGUCUCACGCAUGGCUGAGCGGUGGGUGGGGUGAGCAAAUGAGUAGGUGGGGGCCUCGAUAUGUGGAUGGGACUCGAGUGAUUGAGUGAAUGUGUUUUAUGUAAAAGUAAGCGUGGCCGAUAGUGGGAAGGAGGAGGGGCUGCCAAGCUUGCCACGUGUCCUGGUUGAGCCUGCCAGAAAUUUGGUAGCCUUAUAAUCAAGCACACAGAAGCCUGGGUCAGACUUGAUAGUGUGGGCCACUGAUGGGCGUUACCUUCGUAGCAAUGCAUCGCGAACCUCCGUGAUUAUCAAAUUGCGUUCCAAAAUCAAAUGUUGCAGGAAGCACAACAAGGUGGCCUUAAUACUGCAGGAGCCGCUCAGGCUGUUAAACACAAUCAUAGAGGCUUAAUUGCACCAAAUUAAACUUAUGAAAUUACUGUUUUAUUGCAUUAAAUGUUUCAUUUUGAAAUGUUUUGUGUAAGAUUAUUUUCUGAAAAAAACUGUGAUGCGGUAUCUCUUAUGAGUGCAAACGUUUGUAUGGCAAUAUCUGGGUGAUGUUGGGUUUUUUUUCGCGCGAUAUUGUAUUUUAUUAUUGCACGUCGUGGCCAUAAGUUGAUGAAGAUGUACAACGCUUUAAUAUAUAUAGUCAUGGGGUGGGAGUGGUGGCAACAGUGCUUAGUGCGGUGCGCUAUUAACCCAGUGACCUUAAUUUAAUUUUUGCCCACAUUUGACAUCAGUGGCAAGUGAUACCCAAACCAGUCCUGGGACCAUCUCACAGUUGACCAACUUGGUGAAGAAUGGUAAAACGGCUCUGGCGCUCAACACCGCGUGGAAGAGGCCUUAAGAUAGCGAUGAAUUGACCAAGACCUGUCUGAACGGUCAAAUAAACGUACAGACCACCAUUUCAACAAACUGAUGGGGUUUUUUUUGUAAUAAACUUGCUGUCCUUCAAGUACGGUAAUUGUGGUCUUUGCAAUAUUGGAAUCGUUAUUUUACUGUAAAUAAUAAAUUUCACUCUGGCAAUGUUCACAGUGGGGUG